AUGUGGAGGUGCAGAAUCUACUAUUCUACCAAGUGUAAGGCCUUUUUGAGAUCCCAAGAAGACAACAUAAUUGGUGAGGUUCCACAACAUUGUCAUGAUUCCAAACCGCAAGUAGCUCAGGCUAAUAUUAUUAAGGCCUUAUUGAAGCGUGACAUGAAGGCAGUUGGUGCAACUCCAACAAAUGUAUUGGGACAUGUAUUAACCAACCUAAGUUGCGAUGUAUUGGAACAUUUGCCAAAGCAAUCUUCCUUGACCAGAAAUCUUUUCAACCACAAGAAAACGGCUCAUAUUCCGAAUCCGACCACAACAAAUUUUCGGAUCCAUGAAAAUUAUGCGGACUUGAUUCUGCACGACACAGGAGCGGACGAUCAAGAAAGGAUUUUGGACGUUACUAAUCUGAAAAUCCCAAAAUAA